GCCACACUGAAGUAGAGACAUUGUUUUCAACAUUGUCCCAACGACAACAAUCCCGGCUGCCGAUCGAAGCACAUCGCCUCUUCCGGCCAUCAUGGAUCCAUCAGCAACCUUCGCCAAUUGUCAAGUCCACCAAAGCACCAGCGAUACCUUCCAGCAUGAGUGCCACACCAAUACCAGCCAAAAUAGCCGCGGGUGGCGAAAGAUCGUCAUCAACUUCACUCCAUCAUGGUUCUCUGUGAACAUGGGCACGGGCAUCGCCUCCAUUCUCCUUCAUAACCUACCUUAUAACGGCCGAUGGCUAUAUUGGAUCUCAGUGGCCAUUUUCUGCCUGAACGUCCUCCUAUUCCUCACUUUCUUAGCGAUCUCAGUCCUCCGAUAUGUCAUGUUUAAAGGGCUCUUCACAUUCAUGAUACGGCAUCCUGUGCAAUCGCUCUUUGUCGGGACAUUUCCAAUGGGCCUAGCUACUAUCAUCAAUAUGAUUGUCUUCGUCUGCGUACCUGCAUGGGGUCCUUGGGCAGUAACCUUGGCUUGGACUCUCUGGUGGAUCGACGCAGCCAUCUCCAUCACGACAUGUUUCUCACUCCCCUUCGUAAUCAUGAGUAACCAUAAAUCCGAUCUCUCAACCAUAACGGCGGCAUGGCUCCUCCCCAUUGUCAGCACUAUUGUUGCAUCCGCUUCCGGCGGCAUCGUAGCCGAAGUCCUUCCAAACCCUCAGCACGCGCUAUGGACGGUUAUCAUCUCUUACAUCCUCUGGGGCACUGGCUUCCCGCUCGCGAUGGUAAUCUUAGUCAUGUACUUCCACCGCCUAACCAUCCACCACCUCCCACCACGCGAGGUGAUCGUCUCAGUCUUCCUCCCACUCGGUCCGAUUGGUCAAGGCAGUUUUGCCUUGAUGCAGCUCGGCAAAGUCGCCUUGAAGAUAUUCCCAAUCACAGGAACCUUCGAACCCGAUAGCGGUCGCUUCUUCUACAAUCUCGGGAACUACGCAGCCCUGAUAAUCUGGGGCUAUGGGCUCGUGUGGCUCUUCUUUGCCCUCGCGAGUAUCAGCCGGAGUAGAUUCCCCUUCAACAUGGGUUGGUGGGGUUUCACGUUCCCGUUAGGGGUGUAUACAGUCGCGACGACUACGCUCGCAAAAGAUCUACCAAGUGAUUUCUUCAAAGUGCUAGGAACGAUCUUCUCGGUGACGGUCGUGCUUUUGUGGUUGACGGUCUUCCUGAAGACGCUCCAGCGGGCGGCUACAGGGAAGUUGUUCUUUGCUCCUUGUGUUAAGGAUUAUGAGGCGCAAUUGGCACAGAAGACAGCAGGGUCGGUUCUGUUUAUACAUUUCUCUGCCUUCAGCGCUUCCUUGUUUACUACUAAUCGGCUCAUAUGA